AUGGAGACAGCGGGAAAGGCCGAGCUGGUGACCAUCGUAGAGACAGUCCAGCAUCAUGAGGACUGUCCAGACUCGGCAACGCCUUGGACAGCGUGCUGGCAACCAUCCUGCGGUUGGAGGGGAAUGUGCAGUCCCUCCAGCCUCCAGCACCGGUUCCGGCACCAGCCCCCACACCACCACUAUCUGCAUCCAUCCCAUCUGAGCUGGUCCGCGGAAUACCCCUAUCCCUCCCGGAGCGCUUUGACGGUGCACCAGCGAGAUGCAAGGGAUUUCUUCUGCAAUCCGACCUGUACCUCGCUCGCUAUGCCGAGGCAGUCUCCGGGAGAGACAGGGUUGCCACAGUCAUCUCGACACUGACCGGACGGGUCCUGGACUGGGGUGGUGCGGUCUGGGAAAUGGGUGGACCCGAGGUCGAGUCCUACGAGUGCUUCACCCUCCUCUUCCACUCAGUGUUUGAUAAUCCUGUGGAGGGCCAAGAGGGGGGUGAGCAUCUACACCGACUACGUCAGGGAUCUAGGACUGCCUCGGAGUUCGCCCUGGAGUUCCGGACCAUAGCGGCCUCCACCGGAUGGAACCAGUCGGCUCUGGUCACCGUUUUCAGCAGCGGACUGCAGGAGGAGGUACAGAAGGAGUUAGCCUGCCGUGAUGACAACCCAUCACUCGACCAGCUCAUCAGCAUGGCGGUCCGGUUGGACAACCUCCUGCGGUUCCGAUGAAGACCUGCGCGGAAUCCGGAGCCCAUGGCUACACCUGCUCCGUAGCCAGAGCCGAUGGAGGUGGGCUCUGCAAGUUUGCCCAAGGCAGAGCGUAGGAGAAGGAGGAAUCUGGGCCUCUGGUCCUAUUGUGGAGAAAGGGGUCAUUUCUCCCCUACCUAUUAUUCUAUCCACUAAUAGGCGAGGAGGUGAUAAGCCAGGGAAUUCCCCUGCUCCAACUCCGGUAGGAUGCAAGAUCUCCUCUCCUUUUCUGUUUUCCCAUAAAAAACCCUGAAUACUCUAGCCCCUCACUCCCGUUAGCUCUGAUUAAUUCCGGAGCUGCCGGGAAUCUUUUAGAUAGCGCACUGGCUACUGCAUUACGCAUUCCUUUCGUUCCCCUACAGUCACCCAUUCCGGUUCGAGCCCUGGAUAAUCAUCCAAUAGGGACAGGACUUGUACAUCACAUCACUGUUCCCGUUUCUCUGCUGACCCAUGAGACUCAUUUAGAACAGAUCACCUUUUUGAUUAUAGACACCCCCACGCACCUGGUUGUUUUAGGUCUCCCCUGGUUGAGUUGGCAUAACCCUGUUAUUUCCUGGUCUGAGAGGAAACUGCUGGGUUGGUCGCAGGAGUGUCAGGGGAGGUGUCUCGCGGUGUCUGUCAACACCACUACGGUGGAAAGUAAGGACCACGCCCCUCAAGUGGAUUUACCGGAGGAAUACCAGGAUCUGCAUCGGGUUUAUUUUAAGACCCAGGCUAUACGCCUGCCUCCUCAUCGCCCCCCCCCCAUCAUCCCUUCGUUCCGUAGCAUCGAUCACCGCGGCAGUAGUGUGGGACGUGGACGCCGACAUAUGGCAGGCCCUGCGUGCAGAGCCGCACCUGCACAGUGCCCGGAGAACCACGCCUACGUGCCCACGGGUGUGCGGGACUGCCUCCUUACCUGGGCGCACACGCCGCCUGUGUCGGUUCAUCCUGGGAUAGGCCGUACCAUCGCCUGCUUGACUGAGAAGUACUGGUGGCCCACCUUUGCUAGGGACGUCCAGGUUUACGUCUCUUCUUACUCCAUCUGUGCCCAGUCAAAGACACCCAGACACCUCCUUCUCCUGCCGGUUCCACAACGACCCUGGCCUCACCUCUCGGUGGACUUUGUCACUGACCUUCCCCACUCCCAGGGGAACACCACCGUUCUCGUCGUUGUGGACCGGUUUUCCAAAGCUUGUCGCCUCCUUCCUCUGUCUGGGCUCCUAUCGGGUUAAUGCUGCAUUAAACCGCAUUAACCCGACUUUUCAUGUGUCUCUCCUCAGGCCAGUGGUGCCUGGUCCCCUCGCUGAGGCUGGACCCAGUGACGUCCCGCCUCCUCCUCUGGACAUCGAGGGAGGUCCAGCGUACUUGGAAGUCCUGGAUUCGAGGUGUCGACUGGGAGGGGUAUGGCCCAGAGGAGCGGUGCCUGGGAUUUUCACUGUCGGCGUCCUGACCAACCCGCACCGCGUCUCUGUGGUCGCCCCCGAGGCCGGUGUCAUCCCGCUGCUGUCACGGAUCCUCCCAUGGUGUGGGUCGGUCAGGGCACCGACGGUUAGGAUGUCCACAGCAGGAACCCAGCACCGCUCCUCUGGGCCAUACCCCUCCCAGUCGAUGAGGUACUGGAGACGUGACAAUCCCUUUUGUGUGGCCGUAAUGCACCCUAAAAAAAUCCAUGCCUUUUGCGGCCAGUGGCCGUUGUGCCCUUGGCCCGGUGUGCUGCAUUGUGCCCUUCUCCCUGAGUGCUGCCUGCUCCGAAGCACCUCUCACUCACAUGGUUCACAUGAUCGGGUCUUUCUCACAAGCUACAAGUGAAGACAGACACAUCGGGGACGCAACUGCGCGCUUCCUUAUUCAAUUCCGAGGUGCAUAUUGAAAGAACUGUCCACAUUUACUUUACGUCAGCCAGCAAGAUGUGUAGGCAUAACGAACAGCAAAAGCACCAGCCUAUGUCAAUCUACUAUCCCCCAUAGCACAAAAGUGGACCUAUUCCGUGCGAGAAAUAAAUAUUCCAAACAUAGUCUGGAACAGUUGUUGGAUGCAAUAGAUCCCAAAUUAAUACAACCACUAGCAUCAAAAAAACAUUUUUUUAUGCAAUGUGGCUGACACAACAGAUCAGAAUGUUUAGCUUAAAAUGUUGAUAAACUAUUAGGCUACUUCUUCAUAUUAUAAGUGCAACAAUGCGCACACAGCAGUAGGCUAUAAGCACGAAUGUUCCAUUAGCGGGAAAACACCAUUAUCAAAAGUGACCGCAAAUGUGAUAAUGCAUGUAAUGCUUUUAUUAUAAAGGUGCAUUUUUAUGGUGAAAAAUAUCAAAAUUCACGCACUGCUUAUGAAUGCCAGUUAGGCUCUAGACCCCUUGUAAAACUGAUUAAUGUGCUCAAUUUGAAGAAGUUAUUUGGCCACUUUAGUUGUGAUACAAACCUUAUCAAAACAUACAGGCCUAUAGGCUAGGCUACAUGAGGUGUGCGACUAUGAUUCGAAAAGGUCGCAAAAAAAGGCAUUAUUUCUUGCCUUAAACUGGGCAUCAUUCACAAGUGAUAGAAUAUCAUUCACAAGUGAUAUUCUUGAUUUAAUCUUGUCUUUACAUACAGUAUGUGUGAAAUUUGUUUUGAUUUAGAAUGGACCAUUAUCAUGCACCUGUCUCGAAAUAGCAGCAGGGGAAAAAAUACAUGUAAUCUAUGCACUUACAGUGGGGAAAAAAAGUAUUUAGUCAGCCACCAAUUGUGCAAGUUCUCCCACUUAAAAAGAUGAGAGAGUCCUGUAAUUUUCAUCAUAGGUACACGUCAAGUAUGACAGACAAAUUGAGAUUUUUUUUUCUCCAGAAAAUCACAUUGGAGGACUUUUAAUGAAUUUAUUUGCAAAUUAUGGUGGAAAAUAAGUAUUUGGUCACCUACAAACAAGCAAGAUUUCUGGCUCUCACAGAUCUGUAACUUCUUCUUUAAGAGGCUCCUCUGUCCUCCACUCGUUACCUGUAUUAAUGGCACCUGUUUGAACUUGUUAUCAGUAUAAAAGACACCUGUCCACAACCUCAAACAGUCACACUCCAAACUCCACUAUGGCCAAGACCAAAGAGCUGUCAAAGGACACCAGAAACAAAAUUGUAGACCUGCACCAGGCUGGGAAGACUGAAUCUGCAAUAGGUAAGCAGCUUGGUUUGAAGAAAUCACCUGUGGGAGCAAUUAUUAGGAAAUGGAAGACAUACAAGACCACUGAUAAUCUCCCUUGAUCUGGGGCUUCACGCAAGAUCUCACCCCGUGUGGUCAAAAUGAUCACAAGAACGGUGAGCAAAAAUCCCAGAACCACACGGGGGGACCUAGUGAAUGACCUGCAGAGAGCUGGGACCAAAGUAACAAAGCCUACCAUCAGUAACACACUACACCGCCAGGGACUCAAAUCCUGCAGUGCCAGACGUGUCCCCCUGCUUAAGCCAGUACAUGUCCAGGCCCGUCUGAAGUUUGCUAGAGUGCAUUUGGAUGAUCCAGAAGAGGAUUGGGAGAAUGUCAUAUGGUCAUAUGAAACCAAGAUAGAACUUUUUGGUAAAAACUCAACUUGUCGUGUUUGGAGGACAAAGAAUGCUGAGUUGCAUCUAAAGAACACCAUACCUACUGUGAAGCAUGGGGGUGGAAACAUCAUGCUUUGGGGCUGUUUUUCUGCAAAGGGACCAGGACGACUGAUCCGUGUAAAGGAAAGAAUGAAUGGGGCCAUGUAUCAUGAGAUUUUGAGUGAAAACCUCCUUCCAUCAGCAAGGGCAUUGAAGAUGAAAAGUGGCUGGGUCUUUCAGCAUGACAAUGAUCCCAAACACACCGCCCGGGCAACGAAAGAGUGGCUUCGUAAGAAGCAUUUCAAGGUCCUGGAGUGGCCUAGCCAGUCUCCAGAUCUCAACCCCAUAGAAAAUCUUUGGAGGGAGUUGAAAGUCCGUGUUCCCCAGCGACAGCCACAAAACAUCACUGCUCUAGAGGAGAUCUGCAUGGAGGAAUGGGCCAAAAUACCAGCAACAGUGUGUGAAAACCUUGUGAAGACUUACAGAAAACGUUUGACCUGUGUCAUUGCCAACAAAGGGUAUAUAACAAAGUAUUGAGAAACUUUAGUUAUUGACCAAAUACUUAUUUUCCACCAUAAUUUGCAAAUAAAUUCAUUAAAAAUCCUACAAUGUGAUUUUCUGGAUUUUCUUUCCUCAUUUUGUCUGUCAUAAUUGAUGUGUACCUAUGAUGAAAAUUACAGGCCUCUCUCAUCUUUUUAAGUGAGAGAACUUGCACAAUUGGUGGCUGACUAAAUACUUUUCCCCCCCACUGUAAAUAGCGAAUGGAGGACACUUUUCCCUUGAUUCAUUUUCAUGCCAGCCAGGUUGGCUAUACUCCUGUUGUAAAGAUAAUGAAUGUGCUUAAUAUUAGGAAAGUUGAGAAAUAAAUACAGUAAGUCUAUAAAAAGCUGAUGGGAUACUCUUUUUAAUAGAGGCCAUCACUCUGUUUUCUCGCGCAAUUGCAUAGCCUAUAGAAAUGUUGUGCAACACAAGCACAUGGGCUCUCAUGAAGUGUUUGAUUAGAUUUUCGAUUACAUUUGCAUUGAUGUCAGAGUGAUUAGAGGGACAUUAGAGUGCCUGGUACCAGGCAGUUGGCAAGUUUGGUAGACUACUAAUGACCAUCAGCAACAUCAGAGCUGGGAGAACCCUAAUUACCACGACUAAACGGUCACGUGGAAUUUGACUGCCUUCAUGACUCGUGACCGCCAGUGUGGCGGUAAUACGGUCACCGCAACAGCCCUACUCCCACAGCCUUCCCUCCUCCUCCUUCUUCUUCCUCUUCUUCUUCUUCUUCUUCUUCUUCUUCUUCUUCUUCUUCUUCUUCUUCUUCUUCUUCUUCUUCGGCGGUCCGCAAACAAGCAUUACAGGUGCAAGCCGCCACCUACUGUACUGGUGGUAAACUAUAAAAAAUAAUAUCCAUUGUUGGAAAGGGUGAAAAAACAGACACCUUACAAAAGACAAAAAUAGACACAUAAAAAGAAAACAUCCCACAACUUCAGUCACAUUCCAAUUCAAGUCACAUCCCUACACAGCGGAACAUCCUUUGACAGGAUUUUUUGCAAAGCCUCGGCUGUAAACUCACCGAGUCCCAAAUCGUUCUGCUGCACUAACAAUUAUUCAAAUGUUCUCAGAUUUUUUCUUUGUUUGUGCUGUGCAGUUUAUGACAAUUGCAAUAAAUGCUACAAAGUCCACCUUUGUAAUAUAGCAGGAUCCCUUGAUUGCUGAGAAACAUUCACUGGUGCAGUCUCAAUUACCAUUGCAUCUUCAACAACACUCGCUCCUUCCACUCUUCUCACUGACUAAGAGACAUGCAGGACAGCCCUUAUUCUCACCACCUCUGUCUCCUUCACCCUAACAGGGCAAUCCGGGGACUCGGGCUCAUGUUUGCCACCACAGAUGCAGCAUAUAACCUCAGCUGGCAUAGGAUAUUCUUCCCACCUGCAUACACUUGAUACAUUAUAUAUUUUUUCAUUUGAUUCAUUUAGCAGACGCUCUUAUCCAGAAUGAUUUACAGGUGCAAUGAGGGUGAAGUGCAUUGCUCAAGGGCACAACAACUGAUUUUUCACCUAGUCGGCUCAGUGAUUCAAACCAGUAACCUUUCGGUUACUGGCCCAACGCUCUUAACCGCUAGGCUACCUGCUGCCCCGCCCCAUGCCCAAAUAUUUUGCAUUUAUAACACUGGAGGAGCUUGUGCACAAAAGCUCUUACAGGGUAUUUCAUAAAGCUUUACAUGAGAAGGGAGAGACUUAUCAAAAAACAAUAAUAUGGACAAAGUGGGUUUCAUUACUUCAUCCACCAUACAGGUCGUCAACGUGCACCAAUCACUUCACCUUCUUUCUCAGGUAUAUCAUCUGCAUCCACUUCAUGUGCAACCCCAGAGAUUACCCACUUGACAGGCGCUCUGCUUCGGAAAUCCUUACACAAAACAUACCAUAAAAAAAAAAAAAUGUAGGCACAAAAAAAAAAAAAUUGGCACAAAAAAUAAAAUAAUUCAAUUCUAUCCACUUCCAGGUCCACCCCAGAGAUAGGUGCCCUGCUUUUUCAACCAAUGAUGUACUGUAUAUAAACACUAGAUUGUAAAUGCUAUGAAUUGGCCAAUGAGAGGCUGUGAAGCCACCAACCACCAUAUUGGUACUCCUCAGAAGGAGCAGUCCUCCAUGGAUGCGGUAAGAUAUAAAAAUAAUGUAGACCAUGGGGGAUAGAAUGACGCCGUAAUUGGCGCCCACUGAAAAAAGCUAAGCUAACAAAGUGGUCAAAUCCGUCAUGAUUUACAGUAUAUGUUCUCACAUUCCCACAAUGUGGUAACUAAAAUCCGAUUUGGAUAUAGUUGGCUGUUUUCACUGCAUAAUAUUUAUAAGUUGUCCUUUUCUGGUUUAGAAAAAAUGUCUGCUAAAUGCUAACGUGCAUAGCUAACCAUAUACAGUGGGGAGAACAAGUAUUUGAUACACUGCUGAUUUUGCAGGUUUUCCUACUUACAAAGCAUGUAGAGGUCUGUAAUUUUUAUCAUAGGUACACUUCAACUGUGAGAGACGGAAUCUAAAACAAAAAUCCAGAAAAUCACAUUGUAUGAUUUUUAAGUAAUUAAUUUGCAUUUUAUUGCAUGACAUAAGUAUUUGAUACAUCAGAAAAGCAGAACUUAAUAUUUGGUACAGAAACCUUUGUUUGCAAUUACAGAGAUCAUACGUUUCCUGUAGGUCUUGACCAGGUUUGCACACACUGCGGCAGGGAUUUUGGCCCACUCCUCCAUACAGACCUUCUCCAGAUCCUUCAGGUUUCGGGGCUGUCGCUGGGCAAUACGGACUUUCAGCUCUCUCCAAAGAUUUUCUAUUGGGUUCAGGUCUGGAGACUGGCUAGGCCACUCCAGGACCUUGAGAUGCUUCUUACGGAGCCACUUCUUAGUUGCCCUGGCUGUGUGUUUCGGGUCAUUGUCAUGCUGGAAGACCCAGCCACGACCCAUCUUCAAUGCUCUUACUGAUGGAAGGAGGUUGUUGGCAAAGAUCUCGCGCUACAUGGCCCCAUCCAUCCUCCCAUCAAUACGGUGCAGUCAUCCUGUCCUCUUUGCAGAAAAGCAUCCCCAAAGAAUGAUGUUUCCACCUCCAUGCUUCACGGUUGGGAUGGUGUUCUUGGGGUUGUACUCAUCCUUCUUCUUCCUCCAAACACGGCGAGUGGAGUUUAGACCAAAAAAGCUCUAUAUUUGUCUCAUCAGACCACAUGACCUUCUCCCAUUCCUCCUCUGGAUCAUCCAGAUGGUCAUUGGCAAACUUCAGACGGGCCUGGACAUGCGCUGGCUUGAGCAGGGGGACCUUGCGUGCACUGCAGGAUUUUAAUCCAUGACGGCGUAGUGUGUUACUAAUGGUUUUCUUUGAGACUGUGGUCCCAGCUCUCUUCAGGUCAUUGACCAGGUCCUGUCGUGUAGUUCUGGGCUGAUCCCUCACCUUCCUCAUGAUCAUUGAUGCCCCACGAGGUGAGAUCUUGCAUGGAGCCCCAGACUGAGGGUGAUUGACCGUCAUCUUGAACUUCUUCCAUUUUCUAAUAAUUGCGCCAACAGUUGUUGCUUCUCACCAAGCUGCUUGCCUAUUGUCCUGUAGCCCAUCCCAGCCUUGUGCAGGUCUACAAUUUUAUCCCUGAUGUCCUUACACAGCUCUCUGGUCUUGGCCAUUGUGGAGAGGUAGGAGUCUGUUUGAUUGAGUGUGUGGACAGGUGUCUUUUAUACAGGCAACGAGUUCAAACAGGUGCAGUUAAUACAGGUAAUGAGUGGAGAACAGGAGGGCUUCUUAAAGAAAAACUAACAGGUCUGUGAGAGCCGGAAUUCUUACUGGUUGGUAGGUGAUCAAAUACUUAUGUCAUGCAAUAAAAUCCAAAUGAAUUACUUAAAAAGCAUACAAUGUGAUUUUCUGGAUUUUUGUUUUAGAUUCAGCCUCUCACAGUUGAAGUGUACCUAUGAUAAAAUGUACAGACCUCUACAUGCUUUGUAAGUAGGAAAACCUGCAAAAUCGGCAGUGUAUCAAAUACUUGUUCUCCCUACUGUAGAUAUCGGUGUUGUAGUUUUUAAGUCAUUUUUAAGUGUAAUGCAGUUGAUUGGUGAUGAUGACAUUAACAUGUUUUGGGGUUGACAUCCAUACAAGCAUUAUACUCCAAUUUUUAACCCAACAUAGUGUGAAAUACACAUAAACAAUAGCCUAGACCUAAAUGUAUGCUAAUUUGGAUUGGCGGAAAUGAGGAGAUUCUGGAUUUACAGUAUCUCCCGCAAGGGGACGCGUACGUGGCAUUUCUAUGGCGUUUCCAUGGUUUUGAUUAAACUCUUACCCAAUCUAUAGCAAUGAAUGGAAUUUUACAGUAUUUCAAUAUAAUGUUUCAAGGACAAAAUUACAUGCAGGUAAGUAUUUAUUGGUUUUAGUGGGGUCAGUAACAUUAGUACUCUCUAAAAAUUAUACUCUAAGGAUUUUUUUAUGUAAUUUUUUAUGACUUUGUUCAGUUCAUAAUAUAAUUUAAAAGUAUGCAUUAAUGUGUCUGUAAUAGAAUAUACUUGGCAAAAACAAAUGUAGACACUUCCCACUGGGCACAGACGUCAAUUCAACAUCUAUUCCACGUUGGAAAUUGAAAUGACGUAGAAACAACGUUGAUUCAACCAAGAUCUGAAUGAACAAAUAUGAUUCCCUUUCUUCUUGCUUCUCUGCCAGUUUUUAUUAAAUUCCCUCUUGGCCCCAGCCCAGCAUGUGGGUAAAGCUUGCUCCUUCUGCCUGUCUCCCCACAUCAAUACUGGUUACGCAGAACACAAGGGUUGUGCAUGCCUAUACAUCCUGGCCCCUGACCAAUUAUCCCAACAAUUUUGCUGGCAUGCUAUCAGUGUGCACUCGGAUCAUUCCCCUGGAUUCAUUUGGCUUAAUCUGGAUUAACACCCCUCAUUCGUGGCCUUGACACUGCACGCUCUUCAGCCCCUGGUCCGCAGCAGUCCAGAUUGACUCGACUGGAACUUCAUCAUUAGGUCAAUGUCAUGAUAUGACAGUUUUCCCACUCAACGUGAUGAGAUUAGAAGUUUCAGGCUCAAACUGGCCCCCACAGUCGUCAGGUGCAGAUAGAGUAGAUAAUCGUCAGGGGUGCACAACUUUUGUCCUUGCUUUCUAACCAGAUGUAUGUGUGUACUCACUAGCCGAUAUAUGACAUGAAUUGCAGGGAGAAACUAAAAUCUGCAGCCCCAACACUGAAGUUGCAUCCUUGCAGCAGAGGUACUGAGGAUGAUAUUGAAUCCCUCUCCAUGAACAGCAGUUUACAUUUGCAGACUCUAUUUGGCUGUUUGGCUCACAUAUUUUCCACUAAGGAGAAGCCACCUAGGGAGUCUGUCAACAGCUCAGCGAACAGGGUGCAAAGCAGGCUCUCAUCCCGUGGUCUAGCAAUGUGUAGCAGUCUUAGAACAUUGAUAAUUUCAGUGAAAGCUUUGAAAGAUCUGUUUUAUUCCCAUGGCUCAGUAGAGUAGCAGAGUUUCCAGCAUAUCCUAUAUGUCAUUAUAAAUAGGUAAUUCUGGUGAAAAUAUAGCAGAUUUAUACAAUUUAUACCAAAAUAGCUAUUUCAAAUAUUACAAAGUUAUUGUACAUUUGUUUGUUUAAACCUAAAGGUGUAUGGUCAACCGGUAAUUGAUUUAAUAUGUAAUGACUUUCAGGACAUGUCAGGCUCUUUGAACACAUUUAGAGAGUGCUCUGGGAGUCAGCAAAAAUGUACUGGACCCUGUUCUGGAGCAGAGGACUCUUUAAUUUCAGAUAGUCCGGAAUAUCCCUCUGAUUUGGAGCAGCAUCCCCCCUGAGCCAACAUCCCAUUCCCCCUGUGCACCACAUACAACACACACACAGACCCACAAACACACACACCCCUGCCCCCACCUUCCUCCCAGUCAGAGCAAUGUGUGGUGAGGGGUCAGUUAAGAAACCGCACACUGUGCAUGCGCCUGUCAAGAUGUUGGGAUUUUCCAAGAGAAACCAGAGAGAAAAGGGAGUAGAGGAAAGCCCGUCGGCCCCAAGAACCUCACCGCCUGCUGGGCUUGUUAAUGUGAGGUCGAGGGGUCAGUAAACUGAAUGUGGGUGGCGCAGAGCUCAGGGCCUCUAAUGAAUGACUCCACUCAGAGAUCUGCAUGUGUGUAGAGAGAGAGGGACAACACAUCAAGCCCAGACACACACAGUUUUAUUUAGGCUCUGUUUGCUCUGACGACAGGGACGAUGGGGCUGAAUUGCCUGUGAUUUGGGGCAGGGUCAGUAGCAAACAAUGACUCAACUGAUUAGAGUUGUUCUCCUCUGUCGUUAUAAUCUUGUUGAGGGGUUCAUUGUGGGCCGUGUGUGUGUGUGUGCAUGCUUGUUCUCUAUAAAUUCCCAGGGAGGUGGAGCUGAAGCUCAGUGUCACGAACGUCUACUAAGUGAGUGGACCAAGGCGCAGCGUGCGAUACGAACAUGACUUUAUUUACUUAAAGUACUCAAUGCAAAACAACAAACAAAGACGAAUCGUGAAGUCCUCAGUUACAAUGACUGAUACGGAACAAAAACCCACAACACUAAGGUGAACACUGACAGUUUAAAUAUGGCUCCCAAUCAGAGAUAACGAGCCGACAGCUGACACUCGUUACCACUGAUUGGGAGUCACACGACCAAACCAGGAAACACAACCAAAUACAACACAACCAAUACCAAACACAACCAAAUGAACACACCCUGGCUCAAAAUACACAGUCCCGGAGCCAGAGCGUGACAGUACCCCCCCCUAAAGGCGCGGACUCCGACCGCGCCUACACCCCAAAUAGGGGAGGGCUGGGUGGGUGUUGCUCCUCGGAGGCGGCUCCGGCUCCGGGCUUGACCACCACCCUUCUUCAAUCCCCCCGUAGCGCCCCCGGUCCGAUCUGACCCAGCUGGUAGGAUCUGGACUGACGACGCGCACCCCUGGCUUGGCGCGUGAGGCAGGAACGGACCGGACCUGGCUGACGAUACGCACCCUAGGCUUGAUGCGUGGAGCCGGAACGGGCCUCACCAGGCUGACGACUCGCAUCCCUGGCUUGGUGCGAGUAGCAGGAAUGGGCUGGAUCAGGCUGACGGCUCGCACCCUUGGCUUGGUGCGAGUAGCAGGGACGAGCUGAACCAGGCUGACGACUCGCACCCUUGGCUUGGUGCGAGUAGCAGGAACGGGCUGGACCAGGCCGACGACUCGUACCCCUGGCUUGGUGCGAGUAGCAGGAACGGGCUGGACCAGGCUGACGACUCGCACCCUUGGCUUGGUGCGAGUAGCAGGAACGGGCUGGACCAGGCCGACGACGCACACCGUAGGCUUUGUGCGUAGAGCAGGGACAGGCCGGGCUGGGCUGGCGACGCACACCGUAGGCUUUGUGCGUGGAGCAGGAACAGGCCGGGUCGGGCUGGCGACGCACACCGUAGGCUUUGUGCGUGGAGCAGGAACAGGCCGGGUCGGGCUGGCGACGCACACCGUAGGCUUUGUGCGUGGAGCAGGGACAGGCCGGGCUGGGCUGGCGACGCACACCGUAGGCUUUGUGCGUGGAGCAGGAACAGGCCGGGCUGGGCUGGCGACGCACACCGUAGGCUUUGUGCGUGGAGCAGGGACAGGCCGGGCUGGGCUGGCGACGCACACCGUAGGCUUUGUGCGUGGAGCAGGAACAGGCCGGGCUGGGCUGGCGACGCACACCGUAGGCUUUGUGCGUGGAGCAGGAACAGGCCGGGCUGGGCUGGCGACGCACACCGUAGGCUUUGUGCGUGGAGCAGGGACAGGCCGGGCUGGGCUGGCAACGCACACCGUAGGCUUUGUGCGUGGAGCAGGAACAGGCCGGGUCGGGCUGGCGACGCACACCGUAGGCUUUGUGCGUGGAGCAGGGACAGGCCGGGCUGGGCUGGCGACGCACACCGUAGGCUUUGUGCGUGGAGCAGGAACAGGCCGGGCUGGGCUGGCGACGCACACCGUAGGCUUUGUGCGUGGAGCAGGAACAGGCCGGGCUGGGCUGGCGACGCACACCGUAAACCUAGUGCGUGGAGCAGGAACCGUCCGGGCAGGGCUGGCGACGCACACCGCAGGCUUAGUGCGUGGAACAGGAACCGGCCGGGCUGGACUGGCGACGCACACCGUGGGCUUGGUGCGUGGAGUAGGAACAGGCCGGUCCGUACUGGGAACACACACCACUGGCCUUAACCGGGGAUCAGGAACGGGCCGGACCGGACUGGUAACACACCUCAGUCUCUCACGCCGUGCCUCAACUACUUCCCUCCCUCUACUCGCCAAUGGCUCCCGUAAUCCGGUAGCCUUCUCUCCACGUCUCCCUGUGGCAGCCUCCUGCUGCCCAGCCGCCCAAGCCAUGUGCCCCCCCCAAAAACUUUUUGGGGUUGCCUCUCGUCCUUCCGACGAUGGCCCUGCUGACGCCGUUGCUCCUCUCUCAGUCGCCUCUCCACUGUUUUACUCCAUGGCCGGCGAUCCAUCCCAUCCAGGAUUUCCUCCCAAGUCCAAGACCCUUUACCAUCCAAAAUCUCCUCCCAUGUCCAGACCCUUGGCUCCUGGACACGCUGCUUGGUCCUGGUACGGUGGGUUUUUCUGUCACGAACGUCUACUAAGUGAGUGGACCAAGGCGCAGCGUGCGAUACGAACAUGACUUUAUUUACUUAAAGUACUCAAUGCAAAACAACAAACAAAGACGAAUCGUGAAGUCCUCAGUUACAAUGACUGAUACGGAACAAAAACCCACAACACUAAGGUGAACACUGACAGUUUAAAUAUGGCUCCCAAUCAGAGAUAACGAGCCGACAGCUGACACUCGUUACCACUGAUUGGGAGUCACACGACCAAACAAGGAAACACAACCAAAUACAACACAACCAAUACCAAACACAACCAAAUGAACACACCCUGGCUCAAAAUACACAGUCCCGGAGCCAGAGCGUGACACUCAGUAUUCAUUUGGCCCUUCUGCCGCCUUAAGUACAGGACGUAACCUCAGAAGUAAACCCAUCUCUUCUUGACGACAUCUGUGGUUUUCCUUUUUCCUUUUUUAGAAACUCAAUAAUCUUUCAUUUGCAAUUUGGUUACCAUGUUAAACAUUUAUUUUAAGCAAUCCAGCUCAAACAGUACCUGCACAUUAUUUAGAUUUUGAUGGUUUAUUCUGUAGCUUUUGGCUGUCUUUACUGUGUGUGCGCAGAAGCUUUCAAAAUCUAUUAGGUUUGGAAGUUUCCAUUAAAUGGAAAUGCAUUUUUCUACUGUGUAAAAGUAAACAUUUGGCCAAGGAGUCUGAAUAUCAAUUACACCCUGCCAGCAGUGGAAAAAGUACUCAAUUGUCAUACUUGAGUAAAAGUAAAUAUAUCUUCAUAGAAAAUGACUCAAAUAAAAGUGAGUCACCCAGUAAAAUACGACUUGAGUAAAUGUCUAAAAGUAUUUGGUUUUAAAUAUACUUAAGUAUCAAAAGUAAAUGUAAUUGCUACAAUUGUCACACCCUGAUCUGUUUCACCUGUCUUUGUGAUUGUCUCCACCCCCCUCCAGGUGUCGCCCAUCUUCCCCAUUAUCCCCAGUGUAUUAACCUGUGUUCUCUGUUCGUCUGUUGCCAGUUCGUUUUGUUUCGUCAAGCCUACCAGCGGUUUUCCCCUUUCUCCUGUCUUUCUCUAGUUCCUGUUUUCUAGUUUUCCCGGUUUUGACCAUUCUGCCUGCCAUGAGCCUGCCUGCUGUUCUGUACCUUUUGGACUCUGAUCUGGAUUACUGACCUCUGCCUGCCCUUGACCUGUCAUUUGUCUGCCCCCUGUUUUUGUAAUAAACGUUUGUUACUUCGGCACUGUCUGCAUCUGGGUCUUCUCCUGAAACGUGAUAACAAUAUACUUAAGUAUCAAAAGUAAAAGUAUGAAUAAUUUCACAUUCCUUAUAUUAAGCAAACCAGACAGCACCAUUUUCUUGUUUUAUUAUUUUACGGAUAGCCAGGGGCACACUCCAACACUCAGACAUAAUUUACAAAUGAAGCAUUUGUGUUUAGUGAGUUUGCCAGAUCAGAGGCAGUAGGGAUGACGAGUGAUGUUCUCUUGAUACGUGGUUGAUUUGGAAAAAUGUUCUGUCCUGCUAAGCAUUCGAAAUGUAACUUGUACUUUUGGGUGUCAGGGAAAAUGUAUGGGGUAAAAAGUACAUUAUUUUCUUAAGGAAUGUAGUGGACUAAAAGUAAAAGUAGUCAAAAUAUAAAUAGUAAAGUAAAGUACAGAUACCCAAAAGAUACCCCCCCACACACACACACACACACCAGCAGUUUUAUAAUGCUAUUCUACACAUUUUGUCAUGAGGCUGAGAGAAAAUAUUGUUUCAAUUAUAUAAAAUUCUUUAGUAUUUUUUCAUUUUGAGAGCUCUAAAUCUGGCUGAGAAUAUCACAGCAAGAUGAAACCACAAAGGCUGGACUCGCUAGACUGACACCGUUCAUACUGUAUGCCAUCUCACAGGCUGGGCUCACUAAUUUGUUUAGAUAGGCCAGAAAAUGUGACACAUCACUCCCUUUGCAAAUGUGGGGUGUGAAACCUGACACUUCAAGUCAGCUAAGAGAGUGAAAGGGGAGAGCAGACAGAUGGGACUUUCUGGCAUUAUAAGGCACAGGACCCUGCGGCAUUCACAGAGCGCUUUGUUCACCAAAAUGUCAGUCGGAACCGGUCCAGAACAGCUCAAAGUCGCCCAUCUGGGGAACUUAACAUCUAAGAGGAUUUAUAUAUUGUCCCCCAGUAGCAUGGCUUUGGGGCCAUUGACUUCUGUUUUAGUUAUAACUUUUAUAUUACACAUUUUAAAUGGUAAUCUGUUUCUGUUUGGUUACAUGAUUCCUCAACUCAGAUGGCAGAUGAUGCGACAGCUGGUUGUGCACUGAGUGACCUCUCUCUUGGCUCUGCCCAGUUAACAUGUGGCUGCCUCUUUUUUGAGUUGUGCCAAGGUUUGAACAUUAGAAAGCCCAUUCAUCACAUGAUGACUGUGGCCAUUGGACACUUACUCACUAUGGGCUGGGUUCCCACUGUUAGUGUAGCACUGAGGUCUGGCUCACUGUGCUCAUCAAUCAGAACAGUUACAGUGCUCUGACUAAAGUGACUCUGUCUUUAAUAAAACAUGUCUGAUGCUAUGAGAACAGUUGCAUUCUAACUCUAAGAGGGAGGGUUCAAGAAUGCUCUAAAUAACACUAGCAAAGAGUCAUUUUAUGUUGGUGGGUAAUCUCUGUCACUCUAUUAAGUAUACUGUGUAAUGGUCACGGUGUCAGCUGGAUGUGCUUUAUAUGCUAGAAAUACAAACGUGUCCAUACUGGUCACCAGGAUAAUUAAUACAUGAGAAUUCGUCGGCGAGUGGGUAACCCGCCUCUGCCAUCCGUUCUAUUGGCCAACGUGCAAUCACUGGAGAAUAAACUGGAUGAGUUCCAUCUGAGACUAUCCUACCAACGGGACAUUAAAAACGGUAAUAUCUUAUGUUUCACAGAGUCGUGGCUGAACGACGACACGGAUAAUAUACAUUUGGCUGGGUUUUCCGUGCAUCGGCAAGACAGAACAGCUAUCUCCGGUAAGACGACGGGUGGUGGUGUUUGUCUAUUUGUCAAUAACAGCUGAUGAGCGAUGUCUAAUAUUAAGGAAGUCUCAAGGUAUUGCUCGCCUGAGGUGGAGUACCUCAUGAUAAGCUGUAGACCACACUACCUACCAAGAGAGUUUUCAUCUAUAUUUUUCGUAGCUGUCUAUUUCCCACCACAAACCGAUAAUGGCACUAAGACCGUACUCAACGAGCUGUAUAAGGCCAUAAGCAAACAAGGAAAUGCUCAUCCAGAAGCAGCACUCCUAGUGGCCGGGGACUUUAAUGCAGGCAAACUUAAAUCCGUUUUACCUAAUUUCUACCAGCAUGUCACAUGUGCGACCAGAGGGAAAAAACUAUAGACUACCAUUACUUCACACACAGAGACGCGUACAAGUUCUCCCUCGCCCUCCAUUUUGGCAAAUCUGACCAUAAUUCUAUCCUCCUGAUUCCUGCUUACAAGCAAAAACUAAAGCAGGAGCGGGACACUAAUCCAGAAGCUUAUAAAACAUCCCGCUAUGCCCUCAGAUGAACCAUCAAACAGGCAAAGCUGUAAGGGUUGGUGUGACGUGUGACCCAGGUGCGGUGCAGGAUAAACAGUAGGCAGUAGGCAAGGAUGGUGAAACAAGGAUCUUUACUGGUGGUCCAAAAGUCAGGAUACAAAACAACGGACUAUUCACGAAAACAAAUGAGGAGCACAUUGGUCUCCAAAAAACAGGCUGACAGCAAACAAUACAAAACACUAACUAUGACUGAAAACCACAAAGCCACAGGGAGAACACUUCUCGAGUACCUGUACUUCCGUCUCGUGAUCAGACACUGAUACGUACUACUUGACAUCAAGGAACUAGCAGAGAAAACUGAGCAAGGGAACACAGGGAAGUGAGGGCAUAAAUACACAGGUGAAUCAGAUAGACAAAGGUGACAACAAUAGGCAGAUAAUUUGUCCUGAAUGUGAGUGAGGAGGUGCCUAUGGUUGUUGGAGGAUGACACCUUGUGGGUCGCUCCAGAAGGUGUAACACAAAGCGUCAAUACAGGACAUAGAUUGAAUCCUACUACACCGGCUCUGAAGCUCGUCGGAUGUGGCAGGGCUUGCAAACUAUUACGGACUACAAAGGGAAACCCAGCCCCGAGCUGCGCAGUGAUGCAAUCCUAACAGACGGGCUAAAUUCAUUUUAUGCUCGCUUCGAGGCACGCAACACUGAAGCAUGCAUGAGAACACCAGCUGUUCCAGACAACUGUGUGCUCACGCUCUCCGUAGCCGAUGUGAGCAAGAUCUUUAAACAGAUCAACAUUCACAAGGCCGCGGGGCCAGAUGGAUUACCAGGAUGUGUACUCAGAGCAUGCACGGACCAACUGGCAAGUUUCUUCACUGACAUUUUCAACCUCUCCCUGACUGAGUCUGUAAUACCUACAUGUUUCAAGCAGACCACCAUAGUCCCUGUGCCCAAGAACGCAAAGGUAACCUGCCUAAAUGACUUCCGCCCCAUAGCACUCACGUCGGUAGCCAUGAAGUGCUUUGAAAGGCUGGUCAUGGCUCACAUCAACACCAUCAUUCCGGAAACCCUAGGCCCACUCCAAUUUGCAUACUGCCCCAACAGAUCCACAGAUGACACAAUCUCAACUGCACUCCACACUGCCCUUUCCCACCUGGACAAAAGGAACCCCUAUGUGAGAAUGCUGUUCGUUGACUACAGCUCAGUGUUCAACACCAUAGUGCCUACAAAGCUCAUCACUAAUCUAAGGACCCUGGGACUAAACACCUCCCUCUGCAACUGGAUCCUGUUCUUCCUGACGGGCCGCCCCCAGGUGGUAAGGGUAGGCAACAACACAGGAGGGGGUCGCUGCUGUUACAGGAGGGGGUCGUAGUUCCGGAGUGACCCACUAGGUGUCAUCCUCCAACAACCUUAGGCACCUUCUCACUCACAGUCUGGACUAGUCAUUAUCCUAUUGGUGUCACCUGUGUCUACCUGUUCACCUGUGUAUUUAUGCCCUCACUUCCCUGUGUUCCCUUGCUCUGUUUCCUCUGCUAGUUUCUCGAUGCCAAACAGUACUACUCAGUGUCUGAUCGCGACACGUGUGUACAGUGUUCUCCCUGUUUCAAUGUUGUUUUCAGUCGUAGUUAGUAUUUCUUAUGUUUGCUGUCAGCCUGUUUUUGGAGACCAAUUUGCUCCUCCGAUAUUUUGUAUCCUGGUUUUGGGACCACCAGUAAAGAUCCUUGUUUCACCAUCAAUGCCUUCUGCCUACUGUCUAUUCUGCACCACAUCUGGGUCACACCUUAAACCAACCCUUACAGAAAACAGAGCCAAUAUGGACCCAGCGGAGGCAGCACAGUAUCGUAACGCUUUGGCAAUGCAGGGAGCUAUUCUGAACCAGCAUGACCACAGCCUGCAGCAGAUCAACGAGAAUCUCCGCCAGCUAACGAUCGCCGUGCAAUGCCGGGUGGACUCCUGACCAGCCCCGGUAACAAGCGUCUCCAGUCUCACCUGCAACAUUGCGGGAACCCCACCUGCCACCUCCGGAGAGGUACGACGGACAUCCAGAGGGCUGCAGGGAAUUCCUCACCCAGUGUUCCCUGGUAUUCAGCCUACAACACUCCUCCUUCCCGACGGAGCAGGGCCAGGUGGCCUACAUUAUCACUCUGUUGAUGGGUCGGGCCCUUUCCUGGGCUACCGCGAUGUGGGAGAACCAAACUCUGGCAUAAUCCGACUCCUACCAAUUCACCCGGGAGCUACGCAAGGUGUUCGACACCUCUCGGGUGGGUGACAGUUUGGUGGCGGACUACUCCGUGAAGUUCCAGACCCGGGCUCAAGAGGCAGGAUGGAAGGAGGCCGCCCUGGUCAUCCUUUACGCGCAGGGGCUAUCGGAGGGGAUGAAGGACGAACUCUCCUUCAGGGAGCUGCCUGAGCGACUGGACGGCCUCAUCGAUCUCUCAGUGCGGGUGGACAAUCGGUGUCGUGAGAGGGUGCACGAGAGAGGGAUGACGCAAGGCGCACUUGUCCAGGAUGGAGAAGCAGAGACUUCUGUGCCAGGGACGUUUCCUGUACUGCGGCCAGACGGGUUACCACUGCGACUCAUGCCAGGAGAAGCCGGGAAAUGGGAGGGCUCGCUAAUUUCGGGAGGGGUGCUAGCGAGCUGGAACCAAAAUCCCAACCCCAGAGACUCCCGGACUUUUCUCCCCGUCAGGGUUCAGUGGGCCCGCGCUGCGCGUCGGGCGCAUGCACUGGUGUAUUCAGGCCGCUGGAAACCUGAUGGACGCGGGGCUGGCCCAAGGGUGGAGUGUUCCGUUACUCUCCCUCUCCGAGCCGGUUCCGGUCAUGGGCCUGGACGGCCAGCCGUUGGGGUCGGGCUUCAUCACCCGUCACACUGUCCCCAUGCGUGUCUGGGUGGCAGGGGGGCUAUGAGAGGAUAUGCAAUUUUUCAUUGUGAACUCUCCGGAGUGUCCCCUCGUCCUCGGGCACCCCUGGCUGGUCGCCCACAAACCCCAGAUAGACUGGUCCACGGGGCAGCUCACCUUGGAGGGAGGCUCCGCCUCUGUCCUGUUCCGGUCUCCACCGACCACUCAUCAGCCCAAAUCACCGUCUUAGACCACCUACCAGUCCUCACCUCUUCCCCAGGUCCCGCACUCCGAACCGCCUACCGCCCUAGCAGUGGUUGCCACCGGGAGGACGGCGGCUACAGACUCCGUCACCGGCCCAGACCAGGCAGGCAUUCCCCGGGAGUAUUGGGAUCUGGGGGAGGUGUUUAGUAAGAGGCAUGCCAAGGGCCUACCUCCUCACAGGCCAUACGACUGCACUAUCGAUCUCCUGCCGGGCACCAUGCCCACACGAGGGCGACUGUUUUCCUUGUCCUGGCCAGAGACGCUGGCCAUGAGGGAGUAUAUCGACGAGGCACUCGUUGAGGGUAACAUCCGUCCCUCUACCUCACCCGCGGGUGCAGGCUUCUUCUGUGCAUUAUUACCGGGCGCUCAACGACAUCACGGUUAAGAACCGCUACCCACUCCCCCUGAUGACGACGGCAUUUGAGUCAUUGCAAGGUGCCCGGGUCUUCACCAAGCUGGACUUACGAAAUUCCUACAACCUGAUGAGGAUUCUUGAAGGGGACGAAUGGAAGACGGCUUUUAACACACCCAGUGGGCAUUACGAGUACCAAGUCAUGCCGUUCCGUCUAGCCAACCUGCCUGCGGUGUUCCGGGACCUCCUCGACUACAGCGUCUUCGUGUAUUUGGAUGACAUCCUAAUAUUUUCAAAGGACAUGAGUGAACACCAGCAGCACGUUCGGCAGGUCCUCCAACGCCUUCUCCAUCACCAGUUCUACGUCAAGGUGGAGAAGUGCGUAUUCCACACAGAGACAGUCUCCUUCCUGGGGUUCAUUGUCACCCAGGCAGACCUACGGAUGGACCCAGCCAAGGUCAGCACGGUACUGGAUUGGCCCCAGCCCUCAUCCCUCAAGCAACUACAACGUUUUUUGGGGUUCGCUAAUUUCUAUAGGCGAUUUAUUCGUAAUUUUAUCUCCCCUGACAGCCCUCACCCAGAUGAGCUGUGCUCCUUUGCCUGGACCCCGGAAGCGGGGAACGCAUUUGAUGCGCUUAAUCUGCACUUUAAAUCGGCCCCGGUCCUAGGGCAUCCUGAUCCAUCCCAGCCGUUCAUUUUGGUAAGUAAGAAUCCUGGCACCAACGAAGAUGGCGGCCUCGCGACUAGCUCUAAGGAAACUUUGCACUAUUUUGUUUUUUUCAUGUAUAAUUUUUUACAUUAUUAGCUCAGAAAAUGUUUGCAUCGUUACAUACAGCCGGGAAAAACUAUUGAAUAUCAGAGCGGCGGUAACUCGCCAGCAUUACGACCAGGAAUACGACUUUCCCGAAGUAGAUCCUUUGUUUGCUCUCUCCAGGGCAACUGAACUGAUUCCAGCGGCUGACCCAAAACAUCGCCGGCGGAGGAGAGGCACUCGGAGCGGCCUGCUAGUUCGACUUAGGAGGCGCGCACACCACCCACCACUUCCAAGUAUCCUACUCGCUAAUGUUCAAUCGUUGGUUAACAAAGUCGAUGAACUACGGGCAAGGAUUUCUUUCCAGAGAGACAUCAAGGCCUAUAACAUACUCUGUUUCAUGGAAACAUGGUUCUCUUGGGAUAUUCUGUCGAAAUCGGUCCAGCCAGAUGGGUUCUCAGUUCAUCACGCAGACAGUAAUAAGAACUGUUACAGGAGGGGGUUGCAGUUCCGGAGCAACCCACUAGGUGUCAUCCUCCGACAACCUUAGGCACCUCCUCACUCACAGUCUGGACUAAUCAUUAUCCUAUUGGAGUCAACUGUGUCUAUCUAGUUCACGUGUGUAUUUAUGUCUUCACUUCCCUGUGUUCCCUUGCCUCUGCUAGUUUCUCGAUGCGAAACAGAAGUCUGUUAUUUUGUAUCCUGGUUUUGGGACCACCAGUAAAGAUCCUUGUUUCACCAUCUCUGCCUACUGUCUAUCCUGCACCGCACCUGGGUCAAACCUCACACCAACCCUUACAAUCUACCACGCUGAUCCUCUACACGGGGGCCCCUCAGGGGUGCAUGCUUAGUCCCUUCCUGAACUCCCCGUUCACCCACAACUGGGUAGCCAAGCACGCCUCCAACACCAUCAUUAAGUUUGCUGAUGACACAACAGUGGUAGGCCUGAUCACCGACAACGAUGAGGCAGCCUAUAGGGAGGAGGUCAGAGACCUGGCAGUGUGGUGCCAGGACAACAACCUCUCCCUCAACGUGAGUAAGACAAAGGAACUGAUCGUGGACUACAGGAAAAGGAGGGCCGAACCCGCCCCCUUCACAUCAACGGGGCUGUAGUGGAGCGGGUCGAGAGCUUCAAGUUCCUUGGUGUCCACAUCACCAACAAACUAUCAUGGUCCAAACACACCAAUACAGUCAUGAAGAGGGCACGACAUUGCCUAUUCCCCCUCAGGAGACUGAAAAGAUUUGGCAUGGGUCCCCAGAUCCUCAAAACGUUCUAGCGCUGCACCAUCGAGAGCAUCCUGACUGGUUGCAUCACCGCCUGGUAUGGCAACUGCUCGCCAUCCGACCGUAAGGCGCUACAGAUGGUAGUGCGUACGGCCCAGUACAUCACUGGGGCCAAGCUUCCUGCCAUCCAGGACCUCUAUACUAGGUGGUGUCAGAGGAAGGCCCAAAACAUUGUCAAAGACUCCAGUCACCCAAGUCCAUAGACUGUUGUCUCUGCUACCACACAGCAAGCAGUACCGGAGUGCCAAGUCUAGGUCCAAAAGGCUCCUUAACAGCUUCUACCCCCAAGCCAUAAGACUGCUGAACAAUUAAUCAAAUGGCCAUCCGAACUAUUUGCAUUGACCCCCCCCAAGCAAGUACACUGCUGCUACUUGCUGUUUAUUAUGUAUGCAUAGUCACUCUACCCCUACCUACAUGUACAAAUUACCUCAAUUACCUAGACUAACCUGUAACCCCGCACAUUGACUCGCUACCAGUACAUUAUAUAUAUAUAUAUAUAUAUAUAUAUAUAUAUAUAUAUAUAUAUAUAUAUAUAUAUAUAUAUAUAUUGCCUCAUUAUUGUUAUUUUAUUGUGUUUAUUUAGUUUAUUUAGUAAAUAUUUUCUUAACUCUAUUUUCUUAAAACUGCAUUGUUCAUCAAGGGCUUGUAAGUAAGCCUUUCACAGUAAGGCCCUGUUGUAUUCGGCACAUGUGACAAAUACAUUUUGAUUUGAUUUGAUUUGAGAUGCAGCUAUCCCAGUACAGAGGGAGUCACUGUAACCACUGUCCUUUAAUCACUUCAGUUGGGUAGGGAAGGGUAGGGAGUCCAGCAGAGACACAAAUAUAAAACUACUGUAGAGAAAAAAUCUAUCAGUAAUUACAAAGCAAGGUUGUCCAUUAAAACGACCUCAUCAUGCAACUGAUUUCAUUAAAACGUUUGUUUUCAGGAGCCCUACAUAUAAGUACUUCCAGUUUCCCUCAAGAAAUGAGCUUCUCCAAGACACUGGUCUAAGGUCAGUUUUGCAUCCCCUUCAAUGUUAAAGUUAGGAAUUGGGGAACGUAAGCUGAUAUUAGGUCUGUGCCAAAGCGCAACUUCUACAAUCACUUGAGCCUUCUCCACACUUUACAGCCACCUGUCACUCAGCACCUCCAGGAAAGGCUGUGUCAACACCUCCAUGAAACCAAGCAGAGAUACACUCGACACACACUCUCCCUUCACUGAGGCUGUGGGACACCCCUGCGACACAUGGAGCACAGGCAGACAGGUCAGCCCGUGAAUACAGAGCCAUGUUUAAAUGUGUUUAAAAUGAAGACUACAGGAGUUAAAUUGUUCAGCAGGCUGUAGCUUAGACCUGUGGAGACCAGAGAUGUGUCUCUCGCUGCUGGGAGCCCCUUACAGCAUAAACAACAAAGAACAAGCAGCUGUUUGACUCACCUCAGUGAGCGGAGAGCAAUAAUCGCAUGGUUACAGUGAUAAUCAUUGCAUAAGUGAUGUUAAGGUCUCGUCUCAUAAAAUAUAUAUUAUAUGUUAAGAAAAAGGGUGAUAGAGAAUAAGAGGAAUAUUUGAGGUAGCCUAUUCUAUUCUGGAUUGUGUGUAUGUCAGAUAAGAACAUAGGGUUAGUAUGCGUGUCCUGGAUAAGAUUAGGCUACAGAAAGUGUCAUGUUUUCAUUUUGGCCUACAGUUUGUGAAAGUGUCUGAGUGAGUCUGAGAUUGAGUUGUAGAGUGUUUCGCAGUCUGAGGGUCAGAGUCAGAGAAAAAAUCUUCUCUGUUUCAGCUGGACCAAGAUCAGUGCUCUCAUUGUCCCUCCUCAGAAUGCGAUUUUAAUCAGACCUGAAUGAAGUUGUUUCAGUGCCCUUUCAAUCAGCCAGGCUUGAGACAGGCAGCAAUAAGCUGCUUCUGUAUGGAGUUCACAGGAACAGCCUGAUCUCUACCUGUGGGUCAAUGGGUUUCAGUGUUUACCUGCAGUUGUUUCAACCUAUACAGUUGAAAGUCUUGUGAAAAAGUUUCUACCUGGAUCUUAAGUGGCACAAGAGAAUAUGAUUUUCCAUUUACCUGAAGUCUUUUAUGGUGGUUCCCUUCUCUUUAAAGGCAACAUGGGAUUCCAAACUGAAGAUGAAAAAAAAAAAAAACUGACUGAGACUACAAUGGUCAUGGUCUGUGAAGAGAAGAAGCAGCUCCCCUGUAAUGACUGCUCUCAUUACACGCUGGACUGAAUUAUACAAGCCCUAGUAACACAGUUUACUGUUUGUUGGAUGAAAUACCAGCAGACUGGCAUGACGACCAUUAUGUUCUAAACCUCUUAUUUUGACAUUUUUUGUCACUUUUUUUAAUGUUAGGUAGAAUACUGUGUCAUCAGUAACUCUAUUGUUCACUUGCUCUCAAUCACUCUCUCACAUGGCUCCAGGUGGAAUGCCUAUGAGCCAGCUGGAGGAGGCUGCGGUCAGCCCCACUCCUGGAUGGUCAGCCAAUAUGUAAGGAAUGCCGGUGUGGAUCCGUAUUGUCUGGUCCAGUGCCCUGACUCAUCUCAUUUGGCCCCUCUCCAUAACUCCAUUAGAGAGUGUCUGGACUGAAGGAAGAGGGAUAGAGACACAGAGAUGUAUGGUUUAUGGGGGUUGCUGGAGAUGGUAAGUUAAAGAUAGUUAACAGUAGAUGGUUCAAGGGUAUGGAGUUAAAAUCAGGCUAGGAGAGGGACAGUUAUGGGCCAGGAAUGCCAUUGCGGUAGGAUUUGAGAGAUUGAAGGUGGUGUUUGUUUAGUUAGUCAGAACUACCUCAUGAUUCAUAUUAUUUGGCUUCCUUGAAUGCCUUAUCUCAAAACAGUUAUAUUUUGGACAGGGUAGGUCAGCAAUAUCAGAACAGCCUGCCUAGGGAUAGCAGCAAGGGAUGGGUCUAGGAUCUGAUCAGGUUCUAUUUUUCACCUGCGUCACCCCUACUAUCACUUCCUCUAGGUCACUUCCUGUCUGUGUGGCAAAAAGGACUACUGAGUCUACUGAAGAUGUUUACUAAGCUCAUGGCACACUUGAGCUAUUUCUGAGGUGGGCCGGGCUAUUUGUUUAGGGGUGGAUGGUGCAGGCUGAGCCGACAGAGGACUGCACUGUUUAUUGUAGCGUAACUCCAGUCUAAUUCCACCUAGUACAAAGAAGCAAUUUUAAUCAUUUAGUAAACUCAACUGUCAAUGUCUUGUUUAACUCAAACAAAUCUGCAGACUGUACUGCACUGGAGUGAAUGCCUUUAAUUUGCUCAAAUUGACCCAAAAUGCUCUCAAUUGCACAUCAAGGCACAUGUGUUGUAAUUACUACCGUCAUAAAUAGAGGCAUUUCCCACUCAUUUCAUCAAAACUCAACGAUCAAUGUUUUGUUUAAAACCUCUUAGAUGUAAAGUCAGCUGUUUUGGAGACCUGCGUUGUUCUGGUACUGGUUCCGACAGACAUUUUCACAUAUAAAUCGAUAUGUGGACACCAUAGAUCGAAAUGGCUUGCAUUGAGCAGUAGCCCUGAUUCUCAUGGACACAGGAGUAUAUAUUCUGCCUGUCUGAAGCAGGAUGUGAAAUCUGACACCACUUGAAGCUGGGAUGUUCCUCCUACCAUUUCAUUCGCUCUUCCGACUGUCCAUCAAUCCUACGUCACAGCCACUAACAACGUCUGGAAUCCUUACAUCAUAAUGCAGCAGGAGAGAGUGGUUUCGUCGCUGUAGCACAUUCAGAGAUCGAUUUAUAGCCAGUCAUCUAAAAUAAUUCAUAGAUUUUAAACAAAAAACAAAAAACACUUCAUGUUUGUCAUAGAUGGACAAGAUCUGUAAAACGAUGUUGGUAGAGAAAUUAACAUCAAAUUCUCUGGCAACAGAUCUGGUGGAGAUUCCUGCAGUCAGCAUGCCAAUUGCACGCUCCCUCAAAAUGUGAGACGUCUGUGGCAUUGUGUUGUGUGACAAUACCGCACAUUUUAGAGAUUAGCCUUUUAUUGUCCCCAGCACAAGGUGCACCUGUGUAAUGAUCAUGCUGUUUAAUCAGCUUCUUGAAAUGCCACACCUAUCAGGUGGAUGGAUUAUCUUGGCAAAGGAGAAUUGCUCACUAACAGGGAUGCAAACAAAUUCGUUGUCACGAUCGUCGGGAACAGAGGACCAAUGCGCAGCGUUGAAUGCAAACAUAUUUAUUAACUCUGAAGGAUAACACGAACAAAAACGAUAACGUGACAGUCAACGGUCUAACACAAACCAACUAGAACAAGAUCCCACAACAACUGUGGGAAAACAGCCUGUAUAAAUAUGGUUCCCAAUCAGAGACAACCAGCACCAGCUGACACUCGUUGCCUCUGAUUGGGAACCAAUCUGGCCAACAUAGAAAUGCAACUACUAGAUAAACAAAUGAAACGCACACCCUGGCUCAACAUACAAGUGUCCCCAGAGCCAGGGCGUGACAGUACCCCCCCCUAAAGGCGUGGACUCCGACCGCGUCAACUAAAUACCACAGGGGAGGGACCGGGUAGGCACUCCGCCUUGGCGGCGGAUCCGGCUCCGGGCCUGAUCCCCACUCCCUCUCCAACCCCCCAAAGUACCCCUGGUCCGGUCUGGCCCCGCUGACCGGAGCUGGACUGCACACUGGUGGAGCGGAUUGCUCUAGCUCCGGCGUGAAGCAGCUGACCGGUGCCGGACCAGGCACCGGUGGAACAGGCACGGGCCGUGCCGGACUGACGACGCGUACCAUAGGCUUGGUGCGGGGAGCAGGAGCGGGCCGGACCGGACUGGCGACGCACACCACUGGCUUGGUGUGGGGAGCAGGAGCGGACCGGACCGGGCUGGCGACGCACACCACUGGCUUGGUGUGGGGAACAGGCACGGGCCGUGCCGGACUGACGACGCACACCACUGGCUUGGUGUGGGGAGCAGGAGCGGGCCGGACCGGGCUGGCGACGCACACCACUGGCUUGGUGUGGGGAACAGGCACGGGCCGUGCCGGACUGACGACGCACACCACUGGCUUGGUGUGGGGAGCAGGAGCAGGCCGGACCGGGCUGGCGACGCGCACCAUAGGCUCGGUGCGGGGAGCAGGAACAGGCCGGGCCGGGCUGGCGACGCGCACCAUAGGCUCGGUGCGGGGAGCAGGAACAGGCAGGGCCGGGCUGGCGACGCGCACCAUAGGCUCGGUGCGGGGAGCAGGAACAGGCCGGGCCGGGCUGGCGACGCGCACCACAGGCUCGAUGCGAGGAACAGGAACAGGCCGGACCGUACUGGGGACACACACCACUGGCCCUAUGCAGGGAUCAGGAACGGGCCGGACCGGACUGGUAACACACCCCAGUACCUCUCGCCGUGCCUCCACACUUUCCCUCUCCUCUGUGACCAGUGGCCCCCUUAACCUGGCGGCCUCCUCUGCACACCCGCUGGACCGCUCCAUCGCGGCCUCCUGCUGCCCCGUCGUCCAUGGCGUGAUCCCCCCCCCUAAAAAAAUUCUGGGGGUCUCUCCUCCCCGUGGGCCAGGCCUCUAUAGUUCUCGCCCAACUCUCACUCUUCUGCUUCCAACUCCAGCCAUUCUGCUCUUCAUUUGGCUUGACCCAGUCGAGACUCUUCCUCCACUGUUCCCAAGUCCACCCUCUCUGCUUUUCACUAGGCUUGACCCAGUCGAGGCUGCCACGGAGAUCUGCUAGCGAUUCCCCUGGCGAUGGCUCCUGGACACGCUGCUUGGUCCAGUUUUGGUGGGAUCUUCUGUCACGAUCGUCGGGAACAGAGGACCAAUGCGCAGCGUUGAAUGCAAACAUAUUUAUUAACUCUGAAGGAUAACACGAACAAAAACGAUAACGUGACAGUCAACGGUCUAACACAAACCAACUAGAACAAGAUCCCACAACAACUGUGGGAAAACAGCCUGUAUAAAUAUGGUUCCCAAUCAGAGACAACCAGCACCAGCUGACACUCGUUGCCUCUGAUUGGGAACCAAUCUGGCCAACAUAGAAAUGCAACUACUAGAUAAACAAAUGAAACGCACACCCUGGCUCAACAUACAAGUGUCCCCAGAGCCAGGGCGUGACAUUCGUACACAACAUUUGAGAGAAAUAAGCUUUUUGUGCGUAUGGAACAUUUCUGGGAUCUUUUAUUUCAGCUCAUGAAACAUGGGACCAACACUUUACAUGUUGCAUUUAUAUUUUUGUUCAGUGCUAUGGCCCUCUCAUGAUACAUUUUGGGGAUUACGUAGAUUACAUUCUUGAUUACAUUUAGCUAAAUUUAAUAGGUUAAUGCAAAGCUCUCAUGUCACGCCCUGACCUAUAGAACUCUAGUUAGUUUGGUCAGGGUGUGCAUGUUUAGUAUCUAUGUUAUGUUUUCUAUGUGUAGAAUCUAGGUAUUGUGUUUCUAUGUUGGCCGGGUGUGAUUCCCUAUCAGAGGCAGCUGUCGCUCGUUGUCUCUGAUUGGGGAUCAUACUUAAGUCGCCUGUUUGCAUAAUUAGUUGUGGGAUCUUGUUCUGUGUAGAGGCUUGGCUUGGCUGGGCUUGGCUGGGCUUGGCUGGGCUUGGCUGGGCUUGGCUGGGCUUGGCUGGGCUUGGCUGGGCUGGGCUGGGCUGGGCUGGGCUGGGCUGGGCUGGGCUGGGCUGGGCUGGGCUGGGCUGGGCUGGGCUGGGCUUGACAUUGUGUUGUUGUUGUGUUUAGCCUGAGGACUUCACGUUACGUUGUUGUGUUUAGCCUGAGGACUUCACGUUACGUUGUUUUGUUGUGUUGUGUUGUGUUUAGCCUGAGGACUUCACGUUACGUUGUUUUGUGUUUAGCCUGAGGACUUCACGUUACGUUGUUUUGUUGUUUUGUGUUUAGCCUGAGGACUUCACGUUACGUUGUUUUGUGUUUAGCCUGAGGACUUCACGAUACGUUGUUUUGUGUUUAGCCUGAGGACUUCACGUUACGUUGUGUUGUGUUUAGCCUGAGGACUUCACGUUACGUUAUUUUGUUGUUUUGUGUUUAGCCUGAGGACUUCACGUUACGUUGUUUUGUGUUUAGCCUAAGGACUUCAUGUUACGUUGUUUUGUUGUUUUGUGUUUAGCCUGAGGACUUCACAUUACGUUGUUUUGUUGUUUUGUGUUUAGCCUGAGGACUUCACGUUACGUUGUUUUGUGUUUAGCCUGAGGACUUCACAUUACGUUGUUUUGUUGUUUUGUGUUUAGCCUGAGGACUUCACGUUACGUUGUUUUGUGUUUAGCCUGAGGACUUCACGUUACGUUGUUUUGUGUUUAGCCUGAGGACUUCACCUUAAGUUGUUUUGGGUUUAGCCUGAGGACUUCACGUUACGUUGUUUUGUGUUUAGCCUGAGGACUUCACGUUACGUUGUGUUGUGUUUAGCCUGAGGACUUCACGUUACGUUGUUUUGUUGUUUUGUGUUUAGCCUGAGGACUUCACGUUACGUUGCUUUGUGUUUAGCCUGAGGACUUCACGUUACGUUGUUUUGUUGUUUUGUGUUUAGCCUGAGGACUUCACGUUACGUUGUUGUGUUGUGUUUAGCCUGAGGACUUCACGUUAAGUUGUUUUGUUGUUGUGUUGUGUUUAGCCUGAGGACUUCACGUUACGUUGUUUUGUUGUUUUGUGUUUAGCCUGAGGACUUCACGUUAUAUCGUUUUGUUGUUUUGUGUUUAGCCUGAGGACUUCACGUUACGUUGUUUUGUGUUUAGCCUGAGGACUUCACCUUAAGUUGUUUUGGGUUUAGCCUGAGGACUUCACGUUACGUUGUUUUGUGUUUAGCCUGAGGACUUCACGUUACGUUGUUUUGUGUUUAGCCUGAGGACUUCACGUUACGUUGUGUUGUGUUUAGCCUGAGGACUUCACGUUACGUUGUUUUGUUGUUUUGUGUUUAGCCUGAGGACUUCACGUUACGUUGUUUUGUGUUUAGCCUGAGGACUUCACGCUACGUUGUUUUGUUGUUUUGUGUUUAGCCUGAGGACUUCACGUUACGUUGUUGUGUUGUGUUGUGUUUAGCCUGAGGACUUCACGUUACGUUGUUUUGUUGUUGUGUUGUGUUUAGCCUGAGGACUUCACGUUACGGUGUUUUGUUGUUUUGUGUUUAGCCUGAGGACUUCACGUUAUAUCGUUUUGUUGUUUUAUGUUUAGCCUGAGGACUUCACGUUACGUUGUUGUGUUGUUUUGUGUUUAGCCUGAGGACUUCACGUUACGUUGUUGUGUUGUGUUGUGUUGUGUUUAGCCUGAGGACUUCACGUUACGUUGUUUUGUUGUUGUGUUGUGUUUAGCCUGAGGACUACACGUUACGUUGUUUUGUUGUUUUGUGUUUAGCCUGAGGACUUCACAUUACGUUGUUGUGUUGUUUUUUGUUUAGCCUGAGGACUUCAAGUUACGUUGUUGUGUUGUGUUGUGUUUAGCCUGAGGACUUCACGUUACGUUGUUUUGUGUUUAGCCUGAGGACUUCACGUUACGUUGUUUUGUUGUGUUGUGUUGUGUUUAGCCUGAGGACUUCACGUUACGUUGUUUUGUGUUUAGCCUGAGGACUUCACGUUACGUUGUUUUGUUGUUUUGUGUUUAGCCUGAGGACUACACGUUAUGUUGUUUUGUUGUUUUGUGUUUAGCCUGAGGACUUCACGUUACAUUGUUUUGUGUUUAGCCUGAGGACUUCAUGUUACGUUGUUUUGUUGUUUUGUGUUUAGCCUGAGGACUUCACGUUACGUUGUUUUGUUGUUUUUUGUUUAGCCUGAGGACUUCACGUUACGUUGUUUUGUGUUUAGCCUGGGGACUUCACAUUACGAUGUUUUGUGUUUAGCCUGAGGACUUCACGUUACGUUGUUUUGUGUUUAGCCUGAGGACUUCACGUUACGUUGUUUUGUGUUUAGCCUGAGGACUUCACGUUACUUUGUGUUGUGUUUAGCCUGAGGACUUCACGUUACGUUGUUUUGUUGUUUUGUGUUUAGCCUGAGGACUUCACGUUACGUUGUUUUGUGUUUAGCCUGAGGACUUCACGUUACGUUGUUUUGUUGUUUUGUGUUUAGCCUGAGGACUUCACGUUACGUUGUUGUGUUGUGUUGUGUUUAGCCUGAGGACUUCACGUUACGUUGUUUUGUUGUUGUGUUGUAUUUAGCCUGAGGACUUCACGUUACGUUGUUUUGUUGUUUUGUGUUUAGCCUGAGGACUUCACAUUACGUUGUUGUGUUGUUUUGUGUUUAGCCUGAGGACUUCAAGUUACGUUGUUGUGUUGUGUUGUGUUUAGCCUGAGGACUUCACGUUACAUUGUUUUGUGUUUAGCCUGAGGACUUCACGUUACGUUGUUUUGUUGUGUUGUGUUGUGUUUAGCCUGAGGACUUCACGUUACGUUGUUUUGUGUUUAGCCUGAGGACUUCACGUUACGUUGUUUUGUUGUUUUGUGUUUAGCCUGAGGACUACACGUUAUGUUGUUUUGUUGUUUUGUGUUUAGCCUGAGGACUUCACGUUACAUUGUUUUGUGUUUAGCCUGAGGACUUCAUGUUACGUUGUUUUGUUGUUUUGUGUUUAGCCUGAGGACUUCACGUUACGUUGUUUUGUUGUUUUUUGUUUAGCCUGAGGACUUCACGUUACGUUGUUUUGUGUUUAGCCUGGGGACUUCACAUUACGAUGUUUUGUGUUUAGCCUGAGGACUUCACGUUACGUUGUUUUGUGUUUAGCCUGAGGACUUCACGUUACAUUGUUUUGUGUUUAGCCUGAGGACUUCAUGUUACGUUGUUUUGUUGUUUUGUGUUUAGCCUGAGGACUUCACGUUACGUUGUUUUGUUGUUUUUUGUUUAGCCUGAGGACUUCACGUUACGUUGUUUUGUGUUUAGCCUGGGGACUUCACAUUACAAUGUUUUGUGUUUAGCCUGAGGACUUCACGUUACGUUGUUUUGUGUUUAGCCUGAGGACUUCACGUUACGUUGUUUUGUGUUUAGCCUGAGGACUUCACGUUACUUUGUGUUGUGUUUAGCCUGAGGACUUCACGUUACGUUGUUUUGUUGUUUUGUGUUUAGCCUGAGGACUUCACGUUACGUUGUUUUGUGUUUAGCCUGAGGACUUCACGUUACGUUGUUUUGUUGUUUUGUGUUUAGCCUGAGGACUUCACGUUACGUUGUUGUGUUGUGUUUAGCCUGAGGACUUCACGUUACGUUGUUUUGUUGUUGUGUUGUAUUUAGCCUGAGGACUUCACGUUACGUUGUUUUGUUGUUUUGUGUUUAGCCUGAGGACUUCACAUUAUGUUGUUGUGUUGUUUUGUGUUUAGCCUGAGGACUUCAAGUUACGUUGUUGUGUUGUGUUGUGUUUAGCCUGAGGACUUCACGUUACGUUGUUUUGUGUUUAGCCUGAGGACUUCACGUUACGUUGUUUUGUUGUGUUGUGUUGUGUUUAGCCUGAGGACUUCACGUUACGUUGUUUUGUGUUUAGCCUGAGGACUUCACGUUACGUUGUUUUGUUGUUUUGUGUUUAGCCUGAGGACUACACGUUAUGUUGUUUUGUUGUUUUGUGUUUAGCCUGAGGACUUCACGUUACAUUGUUUUGUGUUUAGCCUGAGGACUUCAUGUUACGUUGUUUUGUUGUUUUGUGUUUAGCCUGAGGACUUCACGUUACGUUGUUUUGUUGUUUUUUGUUUAGCCUGAGGACUUCACGUUACGUUGUUUUGUGUUUAGCCUGGGGACUUCACAUUACGAUGUUUUGUGUUUAGCCUGAGGACUUCACGUUACGUUGUUUUGUGUUUAGCCUGAGGACUUCACGUUACGUUGUUUUGUGUUUAGCCUGAGGACUUCACGUUACUUUGUGUUGUGUUUAGCCUGAGGACUUCACGUUACGUUGUUUUGUUGUUUUGUGUUUAGCCUGAGGACUUCACGUUACGUUGUUUUGUGUUUAGCCUGAGGACUUCACGUUACGUUGUUUUGUUGUUUUGUGUUUAGCCUGAGGACUUCACGUUACGUUGUUGUGUUGUGUUGUGUUUAGCCUGAGGACUUCACGUUACGUUGUUUUGUUGUUGUGUUGUAUUUAGCCUGAGGACUUCACGUUACGUUGUUUUGUUGUUUUGUGUUUAGCCUGAGGACUUCACAUUACGUUGUUGUGUUGUUUUGUGUUUAGCCUGAGGACUUCAAGUUACGUUGUUGUGUUGUGUUGUGUUUAGCCUGAGGACUUCACGUUACAUUGUUUUGUGUUUAGCCUGAGGACUUCACGUUACGUUGUUUUGUUGUGUUGUGUUGUGUUUAGCCUGAGGACUUCACGUUACGUUGUUUUGUGUUUAGCCUGAGGACUUCACGUUACGUUGUUUUGUUGUUUUGUGUUUAGCCUGAGGACUACACGUUAUGUUGUUUUGUUGUUUUGUGUUUAGCCUGAGGACUUCACGUUACAUUGUUUUGUGUUUAGCCUGAGGACUUCAUGUUACGUUGUUUUGUUGUUUUGUGUUUAGCCUGAGGACUUCACGUUACGUUGUUUUGUUGUUUUUUGUUUAGCCUGAGGACUUCACGUUACGUUGUUUUGUGUUUAGCCUGGGGACUUCACAUUACGAUGUUUUGUGUUUAGCCUGAGGACUUCACGUUACGUUGUUUUGUGUUUAGCCUGAGGACUUCACGUUACAUUGUUUUGUGUUUAGCCUGAGGACUUCAUGUUACGUUGUUUUGUUGUUUUGUGUUUAGCCUGAGGACUUCACGUUACGUUGUUUUGUUGUUUUUUGUUUAGCCUGAGGACUUCACGUUACGUUGUUUUGUGUUUAGCCUGGGGACUUCACAUUACAAUGUUUUGUGUUUAGCCUGAGGACUUCACGUUACGUUGUUUUGUGUUUAGCCUGAGGACUUCACGUUACGUUGUUUUGUGUUUAGCCUGAGGACUUCACGUUACUUUGUGUUGUGUUUAGCCUGAGGACUUCACGUUACGUUGUUUUGUUGUUUUGUGUUUAGCCUGAGGACUUCACGUUACGUUGUUUUGUGUUUAGCCUGAGGACUUCACGUUACGUUGUUUUGUUGUUUUGUGUUUAGCCUGAGGACUUCACGUUACGUUGUUGUGUUGUGUUGUGUUUAGCCUGAGGACUUCACGUUACGUUGUUUUGUUGUUGUGUUGUAUUUAGCCUGAGGACUUCACGUUACGUUGUUUUGUUGUUUUGUGUUUAGCCUGAGGACUUCACAUUACGUUGUUGUGUUGUUUUGUGUUUAGCCUGAGGACUUCAAGUUACGUUGUUGUGUUGUGUUGUGUUUAGCCUGAGGACUUCACGUUACGUUGUUUUGUGUUUAGCCUGAGGACUUCACGUUACGUUGUUUUGUUGUGUUGUGUUGUGUUUAGCCUGAGGACUUCACGUUACGUUGUUUUGUGUUUAGCCUGAGGACUUCACGUUACGUUGUUUUGUUGUUUUGUGUUUAGCCUGAGGACUACACGUUAUGUUGUUUUGUUGUUUUGUGUUUAGCCUGAGGACUUCACGUUACAUUGUUUUGUGUUUAGCCUGAGGACUUCAUGUUACGUUGUUUUGUUGUUUUGUGUUUAGCCUGAGGACUUCACGUUACGUUGUUUUGUUGUUUUUUGUUUAGCCUGAGGACUUCACGUUACGUUGUUUUGUGUUUAGCCUGGGGACUUCACAUUACGAUGUUUUGUGUUUAGCCUGAGGACUUCACGUUACGUUGUUUUGUGUUUAGCCUGAGGACUUCACGUUACGUUGUUUUGUGUUUAGCCUGAGGACUUCACGUUACUUUGUGUUGUGUUUAGCCUGAGGACUUCACGUUACGUUGUUUUGUUGUUUUGUGUUUAGCCUGAGGACUUCACGUUACGUUGUUUUGUGUUUAGCCUGAGGACUUCACGUUACGUUGUUUUGUUGUUUUGUGUUUAGCCUGAGGACUUCACGUUACGUUGUUGUGUUGUGUUGUGUUUAGCCUGAGGACUUCACGUUACGUUGUUUUGUUGUUGUGUUGUAUUUAGCCUGAGGACUUCACGUUACGUUGUUUUGUUGUUUUGUGUUUAGCCUGAGGACUUCACGUUACAUUGUUUUGUGUUUAGCCUGAGGACUUCACGUUACGUUGUUGUGUUGUUUUGUGUUUAUCCUGAGGACUUCACGUCACGUUGUUGUGUUGUGUUUAGCCUGAGGACUUCACGUUACUGUCACGCCCUGGCUCUGGGGACUCUGAAAUGUUGAGCCAGGGUGUGGAUUUUCUAUGUUUAGUUUCACGGGGUAGCUUCUAUGUUGUGUUUUCUAUGUUUUGGGUUUUGUUCUAGAUCAUAUAGAUCUAUGUUGGUCAGGGUGGUUCCCAAUCAGAGGCAGCUGUUGCUCGUUGUCUCUGAUUGGGAGCCAUACUUAGGUAGGCUGUUUUCAGCUAUUCUUUGUGGGAUCUUGUUCGUAUUUGGUUUUGUGUUAAACCGUAGACAUCACGUUAUCGUCCGUUGUUUUGAUCGUGUGAUCAUUCAUUAAAUAAAUAUGUUCACCCUCAACGCUGCGCCUUGGUCCGCUUCAUCAUGUGUCAACGAUCGUGACAGAAGAUCCCACCUCGACUGGAUCAAGCAGCGUGACGAGGAGAGAGGAUGGACGUGGGAGGAGAUGAGUGCGAGUCUGGCAAGAGGGAUGGAGGCUUUGGCCACGGGUAGGAGUGAAGCCCAUACAUUUUUUAGGGGGGGGCUAACGCCGUGGACGACGGGGCAGCAGGAGGACGCCAGGUUACGGGAGUCACUGGUCACCAGGGGGAAGGAGGUUGUAGAGGCACGGCGAGAGGUACUGGCGUGUGUUGCCAGUCCGGUCCGGCCUGUUCCUGAUCCCCACGUAGGGCCAGUGGUGUGUGUUCCCAGUACGGUCCGGCCUGUUCCUGCCACUCGCACCAAGUCUACGGUGCGCGUCGCCAGCCCAGUCCGGCCCAUUCCUGCUCCCCGCACCAAGUCAGGGGUGCGCUUCGACAGCCCGGCUCGGCCCGUUCCUGCUCCCCGCACCAAGUCAGGGGUGCGCUUCGACAGCCCGGCUCGGCCCGUUCCUGCUCCCCGCACCAAGUCAGUGGUGCGCUUCGUCAGCCCGGCUCGGCCCGCUCCUGCUCCCCACACCAAGCCAGUGGUGUGCGUCGUCAGUCCGGCACGGCCCGUGCCUGUUCCACCGGUGGCUGGUCCGGCACCGGUCAGAUGCUUCACGUCGGAGCUAGAGCAAUCCGCUCCACCAGUGUUCAGUCCAGCUCCGGCCAGCAGGGCCAGACCGGACCAGGGGUAAUGUGGGGGGUUAGAGAGGGAGUGGGGAUCAUGCCCAGAGCCGGAUCCGCCGCCAAGGCGGAGUGCCCACCCGGUCCCUCCCCUGUGGUGUUCUGUUGGCGCGGUCGGAGUCCGCGCCUUUGGGGGGGGGGUACUGUCACGCCCUGGCUCUGGGGACUCUGAAAUGUUGAGCCAGGGUGUGGAUUUUCUAUGUUUAGUUUCACGGGGUAGCUUCUAUGUUGUGUUUUCUAUGUUUUGGGUUUUGUUCUAGAUCAUAUAGAUCUAUGUUGGUCAGGGUGGUUCCCAAUCAGAGGCAGCUGUUGCUCGUUGUCUCUGAUUGGGAGCCAUACUUAGGUAGGCUGUUUUCAGCUAUUCUUUGUGGGAUCUUGUUCGUAUUUGGUUUUGUGUUAAACCGUAGACAUCACGUUAUCGUCCGUUGUUUUGAUCGUGUGAUCAUUCAUUAAAUAAAUAUGUUCACCCUCAACGCUGCGCCUUGGUCCGCUUCAUCAUGUGUCAACGAUCGUGACAGUUACGUUGCUUUGUUGUGUUGUGUUUAGCCUGAGGACUUCACGUUACGUUGUUUUGUUGUUUUGUUUGUGUGUUUAUUUUUGGAUAAUUAACAUGUAUGCAUUUCACGCUGCGCCUUGGUCUGCAUCGCAGUGCUAACUGUGCCACUAGAGAUCCUGGUUCGAAUCCAGGCUCUGUCGCAGCUGGCCGCGACCGGGAGACUCAUGGGCGGCGCACAAUUGGCCCAGCGUCGUCCAGGGUAGGGGAGGGAAUGGCCGGCAGGGAUGUAGCUCAGUUGAUAGAGCAUGGCGUUUGCAACGCCAGGGUUGUGGGUUCGAUUCCCACGGGGGGCCAGUAUAAAAAAAUAAAAUAAAAAAUGUAUUCACUAACUGUAAGUCGCUCUGGAUAAGAGCGUCUGCUAAAUGACUAAAAUGUAAAUGUAAAUGUAAAUGUCUGACCCGUCCUUCAACGAGCGUGACAUCUCCAGCUCUGUUGUGUAUAAUUUAUUGUCAGAGAUGCAUGGGAAAGGCCUUUUGCUCAAUAUUUAAUGUUCUCAGUUUCUCAGUAGUAUUAGUAGUCCUAAUUUCAGCUGACAAGUAAUGAAAUAACUUUGACUUAUAUGGGGGUUGUGUAGGGCAUGUCGCUUGCCAGAUGUAAACAAGCAUAACAUUAAUCAUAUCAUUGUUUAAGCAUUUGUACAAGAUGUACUUACAGUUCCAGUCAAUACUUGGCUUGCCUUAUGAUCAUGUUUAGUAAGAAACUACCUAAAGGCCACUCGUCUCCAGUGCCAAGAGUGUCUGUACUGGGAAUUUGUUUUUAUUAAUAGUAAUAGCUUUCCUAUUGGGGUUCUACACUAAAGGACCUGCCUGCUGUGGCUGCACAGGAGAGAGAGACAGUCCAGCUGGCAUCUUCAGUGGUCCUUAAACAAGCAGCUAUAUUCAGCAGGGAAAUUAUUUCACACCAGAGUUUAUGACCACUGGAAAGAGCCAUCUCAUCUUCAAUACAGUCAUUCAGUCUAGGUUCAAUCACACUAUCCAGAGAACUGACCAGUGAUGUAUAAUCAAGCCACAUGGGGAGAGAGACUGAGAGAGGGAGGGAGGGACAGAGAGAGAAAUUAACACAAAGACAGACACAAAUGAGGAAGAGUAGGGUGAAGAGAACAUAUUAUUUUGGUGAGCAGUUGUACUGGAGGGAGAUGGACAGGGGUGGUGUGUAUCAGUGGAAUGCACCUUGUGUGUUUGUGUGUAUCUGCCUUUUUUAAUUUCCUGACCAACUCUUGAGACUUCACCUUAAAAUAAAGACCAUCAAGGUGACGUCCAGGUGGUUUCAUACACAAACUGCCAACUCACCUCAGAGAGAUGUAAUGUGAAAACUACAACAUGCAGAUUAUCUUCAGAGGUGCAUACGCGUAUAUGUGUGAGAAAGACUGACAUCAGCAGCUACCAUUUGUCCAAUUUGUUUACAUUACAUUACUGAAUAGCAUUCAAUCAAAUAAUUUUCACUCAUUGUUAAUUUGCCACACCCAGUCUGAUAAAUGAGAAAACAAUAAAACACAAAAUCUAUCAAAAAACACUCAGGUUAUUAUUUCGCUGGUCAAUGACGGCAGGUUUAGUACCUAAAUAACUACACCAGAACGUUAGUCAGCAUUUUAACAAUUCAUCUCUGAUGUAGGCUAUGGUUCGGUUUCAGCAUCUCAGUGGGCCUUUUCACAUUAAACAUCAGUCCAGGACUCAGAGCCCCAGUGAGAAACCAGAACCUCCAAAUGGUGUCCACUGAUGUCCACCUCCAAAUGAUGUCCACACUCUUACUGUUGAGAGUAUGAAUAGUAGAAUACACAAGGUGCAAUUUCAAAAUUUGGUAGUACAUCAGCAGUUUUCCAAUUGCUAUGUCAGUCACUGACAGACAGCCAUGAAGCACGACUAGAAAUAAACUAAAGUUCUCUUGAGUCAUGUUUUGGGUCCAUAUAAAAAAAAAGAUUGACGCAAGGGUCGUGAGGUAGGGUGAGGUGUCGCAAGGGUUGCGAGGAGCCCCCAAAAGGCUAGAGUGAAUGCAUGUCUACAUUGCCAUUCUUUCAAGUUUUAUUGUCAUUUGCACAAGUACAGUGAAAUGCCUUUCUUGCAAUCUCUUUCCCAACAAUGCAGUAAUCAAUAUCAGUAGUAAUAUAAAAUAAAGUAAAGUAGAACAAAAACACAAGAGAAAUAGAAAUAAUAAGAAGACGAGAAAGUAAUUAAGCUUAAUACAGGGUCAUUUCAAGGGUCAGUGCCAAUACCAUAUUUACAAUGUGCAGGGAUACUGGAGUGGUAGGGGUAGAUAUGACUAGGCAUCAGGAUAUCAACAGAGUAGCAGCAGCGUAUAUGAUGACUGUAUGUGAGUGUGUGUGCGUGGUGUAGAGUCAGCAUGAAUAUGUACAGAUGUAGGAUCUUAAUUUGAGCCAGAUUGCAACAGCAGGAAAAUAAUCAUGCAGCAACAGGAAAUGUUAAUUAUUAUGUGGAUUAUAAAUAAUGGACAUUUUUGUAGGGGUUGAUACAUUUUUCAUUUGGCAAAUCAAGUCUGACAUUUCAAAGUGCAAAUUACAAACUUUAGAAGCCUUUUUAAAACGCAAAUACACUACACGUUUGCAUUUCCUGCUGUGCAGGAAAAUUCUCAGCAACAAAAGAGUGAUGAAAUUAAGAUCCAUAGACUGUUCUCUCUGAUACUGCAUGGCAAGCGGUACCAGUGCACCAAGUCUGGAACCAACAGGACCCUGAACAGCUCCUACCCCCAAGCCAUACGACUGCUAAACAAGGCUGCUAAAUAGCUAAUCAAAUGGCUACCUGAACUACCUGCAUUGAUGCUUUUUUGAACUAACUCUCUUGCACUUACUCACUGGACUCUACGCACACACACUCUACCCACACACACACACACACACACACACACACACACGCAAAUUGAUGACACUCACACACAUACUUUCACACUCACCACAUACGCUGCUGCAACUGCUGUUAAUCUUACUGUUCUUAGUAAACUGAUGGAGAGAAUUGUGUUUGAACAAAUACAAUGCAAUUUUUUAAAAGAACAAGUUAACUACUUACUUUCAGCAUGCAUAUAGGAAAGGGCACUUAACCUCUACGGGAUCGGUGUCCCGUAUACGGGACGGUUGAGCUAACGUGUGCUAAUGUGAAUAGCAUGACUGUUGUAAGUAACAGCAAACUUUCCAGGACAUAGACAUGUCUUAUAUGGGUAGAAAGCUUACAUUUUUGUUAAUCUAACUGCACUGUCCAAUUUACAGUAGCUAUUACAGUGAAAAGAUACCAUGCUAUUGUUUGAGGAGAUUGCACAACAACCAAAAACUUAUCACGGCAACUGGUUUGAUACAAUCACCUCUGAAGAUAAAUAAAGUACUUACAUACAGUUCUCUUGCUCUGAUUUAUCAUCCUGAGGGUCCCAGAGAUAAAAUGUAGCAUAGUUUUGUUUGAUAAAACCCAUUUUUAUAUUCAAAUGUAGGAACUGGGUUCCACAGUUUGAACCCUUGCUGUCUCUGGCUCCACACCCACCCGGCAAUCUAGAUGUGUGAAAGUGAGUGUAUAAGCUAAUGAUCCAUCAUGUAUGACAUUCCUGGGAGUGUGUAAACGUACAUUUUGUAUUACCAUAUCAUUUUUGUAUGUUCUCUAUAGUUAUGUAGUUGAAAAUGUUUCAAUUGACCAAUUCGGCACAUUUGGGCAGACUUGAUACAAAAUACUCCAGUAUUGCAACGCUUCACUGGAUCAAUCUGAAACUUUGCACACACACUGCUGUCAUCUAGUGGCCAAAAUCUAAAUUGUGUCUAAACUGCAAUAUUAUAUUGUGGCCUUUCUCUUGCAUUUCAAAGAUGAAAUAAAAAAUAAAUAAAUUGCAUGUUUUUUUGUUUGUAUUAUCUUUUACCAGAUCUAAUGUGUUAUAUUCUCCUACAUGAAUUUCACAUUUCCACGAACUUCAAAGUGCUUCCAUUCAAAUGGUGUUAAUUUCCCAGCCAUCUUGUGGCAGUAUUUAGGGAAUUGUUCGCACCAAGUCUCGUAGAAUCGGAGGUCAAUCCCGCUGAAGUGGCGCCAUCAUGCCCAGACAACUGCAAGAAGGCUUUGGCUGUGUCGUAACGAAUCGGUUUGACCAGCUAUUGGAUGAUGAAUCAGAUCCGUUCGAGGUGUUAAAGGCGGUGGAGAACAACAAGAAAGAGGCGGCCGCAGCUGGUAUCACCAAAUCUGCAGCCCAAGAAAGAGUCACAGAAGGACAGGAAGAAUCCGCUCCUUGACAAGAAAGAUGAAACUCAGGCUCCAGUACCUCUGAAGAAAGAAGUUAUCAGGCAGGUGGGCCGGAGGCUGGACUAGCAGGGCCAGCCUGGCACCCAGGGCGGGCAGGGCGAAGGGCAGCCCUCCGGCGACAGGAGGCCGGACAACAGGAGACCCCCACGCGAGCGUCGCUUCGACAAAUACCUCGAGGACAAACCCGAUGGCGGAGAGAGAGGUGAGUUCUCUGCAGACAAGCCUCUAGGAGACCGGCCCCCCAGAGGGCGUGGUGGCACCCUGGUGGGUGUGGAGGACGGGGACGGGGCAUGGGCCGGGGCAACGGCUUCGACAGACACAGCGGCGGCGACAAACCUCAGAAAUCUGAGGAGAAGCGCGGCGGGAGUGGCACUCACAACCGGGGGAACCCCAAGGACGAAACGAGUGGUGAUGCUGAACAGACUACUGCCCCUGAGGAAACCCCUGAGGGAGAGGAACACCCUCCUGCUGACUCUGAGAAUAAGGAGAACGAAGUAGAGGAACCUAAGGAGGAGGGCCCCAAGGAGAUGACCCUGGACGAAUGGAAGGCCAUGCAGGACAAGGGCCGUGCCAAGGUGGAGUUCAACAUCCGCAAGCCCAAUGAGGGCGCCGACAGCAAGUGGAACAAGGGCUACGUGCUGCACAAGUCCAAGAGCGAAGAUGUCAGCGACGAAAAGCCUAAAGACAGACCAGCUGUGAUUGAUACUCCAGAGAUUGAAGCAGAUAUGACCCCC